ACAUUUGUGACAAACAUCUAUCACUUAAUUACUUCUUUAAAUACCAUGUCAGUUUACAUUGUUGCCACUGCCAGAACUCCUAUUGGUGCGUUCCAAGGAGACUUGUCCUCCUUGACAUACAGUGACUUGGGGGCUCAUGCCGUCAAGGCUGCGUUGUCCAAGGUCGAUAUCAAGCCUGAACAGGUGGAUGAGGUGCUUUUUGGGGGUGUUCUCCAAGCCAACGUUGGUCAGGCUCCCGCCAGACAAGUGGCACUUAAGGCUGGGUUGCCAGAAUCAGUGGUGGCCACUACCAUCAACAAGGUUUGUGCUUCUGGAAUGAAAUCCAUCAUCUUGGGAGCCCAAACGAUUAUUUGUGGUACCAACGAUAUUGUGGUUGCUGGAGGUGCUGAAUCGAUGUCCAACGCUCCUUACUACCUCCCCAGUGCCAGAGGUGGUGCCCGGUUCGGAGAUUCCUCGAUGGUUGACGGGAUCCAGAAGGAUGGGUUGUUGGAUGUGUAUGAUGAUAUUUUGAUGGGUAAGUGCGCUGAAAAAUGUGCCUCGGACCAUGAAUUCUCCAGAGAAGACCAAGAUAACUAUGCCAUUAAUUCCUAUAAAAAGGCACAGGCAGCUGUUUCUGCCGGUAAGUUCCGCAGUGAGAUUGCUCCUAUCACCGUUAAGGGGUUCAGAGGGAAGCCAGAUGUGGUGGUGGAGCAUGACCAAGAGCCAAAGAACUUCAACGAGGCCAAGCUCAAGAGUGCCAGAACUGUGUUCCAAAAGGAAAACGGAACCGUUACUGCUCCCAAUGCAUCCAAGUUGAAUGACGGAGGAGCAGCCGUGAUUUUGGUGAGUGAGUCGAAGUUGAAGGAAUUGGGCUUGAAGCCAUUGGCCAAGAUUUCCGGCUGGGGUGAGGCUGCUACCAAGCCCGUGGACUUUACCAUUGCCCCAUCGUUGGCAGUUCCAAAGGCCUUGAAACACGCCAAGUUGUCGUACGAGGAUGUGGAUUUCUUUGAGUUUAAUGAGGCUUUUUCGGUGGUGGGAUUGGCCAACGCAAAGAUCUGUGGUCUUGACUUGGAUAAGAUCAACGUGUACGGAGGUGCUGUUGCCUUGGGACACCCAUUAGGAUGUUCAGGAGCCAGAAUUGUCGUUACGUUGUUGAACGUAUUGACCCAAGAAGGUGGAAAGUUGGGGGUUGCCGGUAUUUGUAACGGUGGAGGAGGAGCCUCAGCCAUUGUUAUCGAGAGACUCGAUCACGACUCAAAGUUGUAGGUGCAAUUGCCUAGUUCUAGAAAUGUAUAUUUCGUGUUUUUCG